AAAAUGGCUUUGAAUGGUUUUAGUAAACAAGCUUUAAUAAGACUGAAUUAUAUUGAAUUCUCAUUAUUUCGAUAAGUUUAUAAAAAAAACUUUUCUUUCUUUCAUUAGCGGUUUAAUAUUUCAUGACGUUUUAUGAUUAUAGACAUAGCAAUUCUCGUUAAGUUAAAAACGUGAACAGAGGCUUGAGCAAUGUGAAUGGUACUCGUUGAAAAUUAAUGAGGUUUCAGCGGUUGAAUAAUUAUUAUAAUUAGCAGAUAAAGUGGUUUUGUUAGAAAUUGUGGACAGUUGUGUUUAGUUGGAAUAUUGUCAAGUUGUUGUGUGUAGUUGAAAAUUACAAAAAGGAAGUUUUCUACACAUCACGUUGUGUGUGGAGGGAGAGUAAUUUUUGUUUUUGGAUAUCAUAUACCAUGUUGAACAUCACAGCCGUUGUUGUGUUUUUAAUUCUGCUAGCUAUUGUUGCAGUUUUUCUCAAUAUUUUGUGCAUUUACAUCAUCCGAACGUCGAAGACUUUACGCGAUAAAUCAUCGUCACUGCUCGUACUAAACCUUCUGGUCGUGCAUCUCGCGCAGGGAUUGUUCGUGUUUCCGUUUUAUGCUGGCAAGAAGUUAAAAGUUGCAAGUUUAUUUUGGGGUCGUGUUUUUGCGAAUGGUUUUCGUUUUUCGUACAUGUUAACUUUUUAUGGGACAUGUCUUGGUGUGUUGUUUAUCUCCGUCGAUCGAUUCUUAGCAGCAUUCUGGUUUAAUAAAUACAAGCCAAGGGUCACCAAACGACGUGUAAAAAUAGUUUUGGUUUUGUUGUGGAUAUAUAUUAUUUCACUGUGUCUCAUCCCGUUUAUACCUCAGGAAAAAACAGAAAUUUCUUCAAAAGUUGGUAGCGUUAAUAAGAUCAAUUCGACUUUGUCUAUCAACUCGACUUUGUUAAUGAACUCGUCUCUGCAAUCGAACUCUACUAAAAAAAAUCGUCCACAGUUUUACUUUUACGUGCAGCAAAAAGAAUGGGUUGUUUUCAUGCUCUGUGUAAACACAGCCUUGCCGUAUUUGUUAAUCAUAUUGUCCUAUGUUUACAUUAUACACAGAUUAAAAAUCAUUGAGAAUGUUCGCACCGGGGAGCGUGGUCGUUCACAUAGCGCAGUCACGUUAAUAGACCGAAGUGGAAAGGAGAUAGAAUUGAGAAAAAAAGAUAUAAGAAAGUACAAGGAAGUGACCUUGCUUACUUUCAUCUUGGCCAUCACUUAUGCCGUCUUCUGGACUCCUUCUACUAUUUACUAUCCCAUAUUGGACAUGUGUAAGAAUUGUUUUCCAGAAGAUUACGACGAUUCUCCUUUAGAGCAACACAUUGGUUUUAUUGUGAAGUAUUUAGCUUUUCUUGAUGCUGUUGCUGCUCCACUGAUAUAUUGUUUUCAUCAUGGAGAAUUUCGAAAAUCUUUACUGCGAAUGCGCAGUAAAUUGUUACGUGAGCAUGCGGUGGAGAGCCACGGUAACGACUCAACUGAACUUAUGUAGGAUGGAGCUGUAAAAAGUAAUAAGUAACAAAACAGUAACAUCCACGUAACCCUUCUAGGGAGAGAUCUCAUUUCAUUGUAUCCAGUGAAUAUAGUAACUAACUGCAUUGUAAUUAACAGCGAAAACUGUUGUAUCAAAUCUUUGUGGAGGAGUGCGUAUACGUAAAGGCGCAUUAAAAGGCGCAAAAAAGGAUCUUAAUUUAAUUAUUCACCUUCGUAACGAUGGGAUAUAAUAGGAAGAACUAUUUUUAUAGCUAUGUGAUUUAUUUUUGUAAAUUUUGUGUAAAAUAAACCCAAGUUGGAUGAAAAAAAUUUGACAUGUAUAAAUUGA